GUUGUACCGGCUUCGGUUCAUUUUCUGGCAGGCGGUUGCGCUGGAAUGAUUGCAGCUAUUUGUACAUCUCCUUUAGAUAUUAUUAAAACUCGUCUUCAGAGUGAACAUCAUCUUUAUCGUUCACCGGCGUUUUCAGGAUUAUCUUCAUAUGGAAUACGUUUAUUUCCAGCUUAUCAUCUUUUUUUAAAUAUUUAUCAUAUCGAAGGAGGAUCAGGUUUCUUUAAAGGAUUAGGACCUAAUCUUAUUGGAGUCGUUCCAGCCAGAGCAAUCCAUUUCUAUACAUAUGAGAAUACUAAAAAGAUUUUUAUAAAAUAUUUUAAUAAUAAUGAAUCAAGUUGGAUCCACUUAAUGUCAGCGAUAUCAGCAGGAAUAGUUACAUCUACAAUAACGAAUCCUAUUUGGAUGAUUAAAACUCGUUUACAACUUGACAAAGCAGCAGUAAAAACUUAUCGAAAUACAUGGGAUUGUGUAAGAAAGACGAUCCAGAAAGAAGGAUUCUAUAGUUUAUACCGAGGAAUGAGUGCAUCGUAUUUAGGUGUAUCAGAAAGUACAAUCCAAUGGGUUCUUUAUGAACGAUUUAAAAAACGAUUUGCUGAAAAACAAAAGCCAUCUACAUGGUUAGAUCCUUUAGUAGCAGCUGGAACUGCAAAAUUGAUUGCAACAAUUCUUACAUAUCCUCAUGAAGUUGUAAGAACGAGAUUACGCCAAUAUCCUGCUCAGAAUGGACAUGUAAAAUAUAAAGGAUUAAUGCAAUGUUUUUGUUUAAUAUGUAGAGAAGAAGGUAUUUCUGCAUUAUAUGGAGGACUUGCUAUACAUCUUUUGCGUGUUAUACCGAAUGCUGCUAUUAUGUUUGGAUCAUAUGAGCUUAUUAUGAGUCUUUUUUUAUAAACAAAUAAUGUUAAAAUACUUGUUAUAAAAAAUAACUCAUAU